AUGACCGUGCCACUGUUGACGCGCAGUGGGCCAUGGCAGCCUGGUGUACAGGUAUCAGAACCCAUCCGCCUCGUACGAUGCUGUACAUCGCCACUAGCCAAGGGACUAGUGCUAUUGGCUACGGGUAAAUCUGUGCACAUUUACGAUAUGCAAUGUAACAACGAAGAAGCAAGCUUGACCUUUGUGCCUGUCACUUCAUUUUUUCUGGGGUGCGAAACCACCGCUGCUGCAUGGAGCCCUGGUACCAGUUACAUGGGCGGAAUUAAAUCGUCUAAUGAAGAUGAGAAGUCGUGGCGUCUUGAUGUAGUUGUCGCAACAGAGACGAACGAACUUCGGCUCCUGCAAGCUUAUGGCCCUGAGCUUGAUACCUCGAAUCGUCUACUGGGCGAAACGCAUGGCGCUGUGACCGAUGUUGCCUGGUGUCCUGCGUCUGGGUAUGAGUCCUAUGUGGCUACAGCGGGUGAGGACGGAGUAAUUCAACUAUGGAACUUGGAACCACAAGCGGAAUCAGAGUUUCCCAUGGAAGACGGUGCUGAGGACGCUGCGGCGGCCGCAGGACCGACAUGCCGUGCGUUAUACUUGGAUUGUGCUGUACUAAGCCUGUCAUUCCACCCUAAAGUGCCCAAGUUGCUUCUUGCUAUCGAGAGCAGUGGUGUCGGCCAUCUUAUUGACUGGCUGGCUUCGCAUGAUGAGGUGCGCAUAACCGCAUCGUUCCAUGACCCUGUGACAUUAGGUAUGUCAAUGACACAGCGUAUGGAUAUGCAGGGAGCUGGUGCAUGGCAAAUGCAAGAUAGCGACAUUGUCGGUGCACUCCUGGGUCCUCGUUGGGGCGUCUGGAAUAUAAGCAACGGGUCUAGUGCUCCUGUCGCGCAAGGGUCGCUCCGUGGCGUGGACGAGACGUGUCAUGGUGGCUUCCGAUUCUGUCCUACCAACUCCCGGCUCUUUGCUAUCUAUGUUUCGUCAGUUCCUGGUCAUAUUCUUGCGCAGAGUGGCUAUACGACUGGCGCUGUGAGCAAAGGACAAACAGCCGCCACAGUCCAGGUGUUUGACUCGGCAUUUCCUGCUACGCCACGGGCUUUGGAUGUGUACAAACAAGCUCCUUUCCAGAGUCACAAAGUUUCGCUUGAGACAACAGGGCGUUCCAACACUACUACAUUGCCGGCUGCCUAUGGCGUGUCCAGUGUGGACUGGCUUCCACGGCGCGUUGGCUCGUACGAUGUAUUGCUAGUGGCCGUCGGCUGUCAACUCCUUCCAAUCCCUGCAGCGUAG